UCAGAAAUCGAAUGACGACAGUUUAAUCUAUAUUUUCACUAGUAAAAUUGUCUUUCGAAAAGAUUAUGAAUGUCAGUUUUCUACGAGAUCUUUGAAAAACCAGCUCGGAUUUCCAGAAUCCGACAUAGUAAUCUAUCGUUCUUUUUUCGUAGAUGGAUAGUUCGAAGUGUGCUCUAGAAAAUAAGAUUUAAGCAAAAUUCGGAGGCUUUCUAUCAAACGUUUUCAAAGCUCAAAGUAUUUUCUGUUGAUUGUAAAACUUUUAUUGAACUGCAUAGUAUUGGGCAGGUAAAAUAGAGUACAUCUUGAUAUUCUGACUACUAGAUAGAUCUUUGACUUCAACCUCAAUUAAACAUUAUUCUCAUACUCAAUUUUUGAUGCUGAAUAUGAAAAAAGCACUUCGAAGAAGUUAGAAGAACGAGAAAGAAAAACGUUUGAGUUCUUUUGAAACUGAAGGGUUUUUCGAACGUUUAGUCCUUCAAAUAUUGCCAGUUUUUCGAUAUGAAAAAAGCUUUUCAAACAUUAAAACAUAUUUUGUUCAGAUCGACGAGCUCUAUCCAACCAUGUAUAAAAAUGUAAAAAUAAAAACCUGCUCCGUGUUCGAAUUUCUGGCACCUUAGUAAAAUUGACUGAAACCUGCAAAAAUUUAUUGCUGUGUUACAGGUCAAAAAUGAGAACUUUUGAGACUAGAAAGAAUACUAGUAUAAGAAGAAGCGAUAUCUUCAGCUUUUCUGGACUUUUAUUUAAAAUCUGAUGAGUGCUUGCUUUAUCUGUUACGUUAGGAAAAAACUGAUAAAUCUGAUAAAAUUAUUUUUGAAUUUCAGUAAUUUGAUUUAACUAUCGAUUAUUUGUUCGUUCAAUAAACACUGUUGUGAAGAAUAUACUGAAUACCUUUCUUCAACAUGCUUCCUACGAUCCACCCUUUCAUGCUAAAUAAGUGAAAAUAUCUUUAGAUAAAUAAUAAUUUUUGUCGUUAUAACUAUUGAAAUGAAGUAAUGUUUACCAGCUUACUAUCUGUUGAUCAUACUGUAUGUUAAUCAUUCGUUUUUUUUAGUGAGGGUAAAGUAUCAUUAGUUCGUAUAAAAGAUGGAUCCAGACCUAUCAAACAGUAUUCAGAUGUAACUAUUCAACUGAAUGAUCAGUCAUCGUGCGAACCCACUGCUCGUAUAAUUUCAUCGAGUAGUGAUGAAUUAGAUUUAUUGGAUCUGAAAAAAUGCAAAUGGAAAAAAGGGUCGUCAACCACCGGUGUUGAUGCAAUAGAAACCCCGAAAGGAGUUUUGAUUGUCAUUAUCGAUAAAAAUCAAUCAUGUGUCGAGUUGUUAAAUAGACUUCGAAAUUAUCUGAUUGAUGAUGAUCUUCAAAAUGCCGAGGAAUUAUCAAAAGCAAUUAAUGCGUCGAACUAUACUCGAGUUGCUCAGUUGACAAAACUAUUAGCUCAAUCUUCUGCCAAGAUUCAGUUUACGAUUGAUCCGCAUAUAACGAAUGAGCAAAAACCAAUAGCAAAACCUAUCAAAUUGAAAUUGACGAUUGAAAGUCAUUUGAUUGAACAUUGUACAAAUGAGAAAUUUGAUAUUUCUAUUAUGCCAAAUACAGUAAUUGCUGAUUUAAAACGAUUGAUUCAAAAAGAAACUAAAGUUGAACCUGAACAACAGAGCUUUUACUGUGACAGAGAGAUCUUGGAUGAUAAUUAUGUAUUUGGUGCACAAAAUCGACCAAUUUUGAUGGAUGGAUCCGUACUGACACUUUAUAUAACCAAACCACAAAAACAAUAG